AUGGCAGCGCAGAGCCUAGCCGACUGGCUGAGUUCAAUACCUUACCAUCAGCCGACACCCGAGACUCCUCCUCCUCCAGACGCCAACGUAAACGCCGUGCGAUGGCGCAAACGUCGCCGACUCAAUUCUCCCACGCCCAAACCAUCCAACUACACCAACCAUCGUCUCAGCGCCGCCCAUCGCAGCAAAGAUGCCUUGUUCUCGUAUAGCCCCAAUGCCAGCUUCCUCGAGUGUAGCGACCGAAGCGUACGUAUCAAUGAGCUCACCGCAUUGCAUGAUCCGCCGCCGGCGCUUCGAGACUUGCUCGAUACGAUGGAGAAGAUCAUCUCCAGCGGAGGUGGGGUCGUUGCGACAUGGCGCCGCUAUACCUGGCAUUUCUCUGACGAGCGGCAUCUUGUUGGACCGACUCCGUUGCCCAAGGCUGUCCUCCGCAUUCUCGCUGCAGCAGCUGAGUGCAGCACCAAUGGUCACGCCGAGGCGGACCUGAAUGCCUCGGUGCAUCAGCGAGUUCUCGAGCUGGCGCUACAAUCGCCAGACCAAGAAGAGUUCAAGCAUCACAUCAACUUCCUGAUAAGCUCCACGGCCAACAUUCUCCCUGAAUACGCCGCAACAUCAACACUUCUGAGAAUGAUUGACUUUUGUAUUUAUAUCGACCCUGCUUUCGAUCAAUCGAGCGCUGCCUCAAAACUACAAUCCGCCAUCACCAACCUCCGAAGACAUCUGCCCGGCGCAGUCCUCAACCACACGGAAUACCGACCUCUGCGUGAGCGACCCAUUGCCCUGAGCAUCAAGACUAAGAAGACCGGUGCGGGCUGGGACGGCGCGAUGCUGCAACUGGUCGUCUGGCAAAGCGCACACUGGUCCUUUUUGCGUCAGCUAGUUGAGGGACAGAGGAGAGAGAAGAUUGCUGAGGAGGGGGCAAGGACUGUGCAACAAGUUAGGCAGGGUACAGUUGAAGACUCAUAUGGCGACGCAGACUCGACGGAAACCAACUCACAAGGUCAAGCCGAGCCCCAAGAACCCGAGAUCGCCGUCCAGCCGUACCCCCUCCCAGACUUCAUCCCCGGAAUCAUCGUUCAGGGCCACGAUUGGCACCUCGUCAUCACAACGACCGACGGGCAGCAGACACAGCUCCGGCAGAAAGUCACGAUCGGCACUACGAACACCUCCAAGGGCAUCUACCAGAUUGUCUAUGCGCUGCAGAUCCUCCGGCAGUGGGCGCAGGAUGUUUACUGGCCGUGGCUGAGGGCGCCAAUUGUUGCGUUUUGA